UCCAUCUACACAGCAGUGGAGAACUAAGACCCCCAGAAAACAGCGUCACCCGAGUCGGAGUGCUGAUAUCCAAGACCCAGACUUCCAGGGCGUGAUGUUCAGGAUGGACACGGAGCUAGACGACAGUAAAGAACAGUGCCGGCUCCUCAUUACUUCAAAGUACAGCAAGGAGCUCUGCAAGAGUGUAAGAAAACCCAGGCUGAGGACUCGGACAGCCCCGAAAUUCUUUAAAACUAGCAGCUCGGAUGAGGAGAACGACCCUACAACCGGUUCUUCUAAGAGUAAAGUGUGUGCAUCAUGCUGCACCAGGAAGACCCCCAUGUGGAGGGAUGCAGAGGAUGGGACCCCGCUCUGUAAUGCUUGUGGAAUAAGGUAUAAGAAGUACAGAGUGCGCUGUGUCAACUGCUGGCAUAUCCCCAGGAAAGAGAGCAACUCCAACUCACGCUGCCCCAAGUGUGGAAACUUUGUGAAGCUGACCUCAGCUCAGCGGAAACACUCUGCCUAGGGAACAUGCAAGGAGCAGAGGUUUUUAGGUGUGACAGAGCUCUUCACACAAACAAACACGCACACAAGACAACAAUUCAAGACGACACUCACUCGGGGUCCUCUAAGAUUAACAAACAUUAGCCUUAGAGACGCAUGCACAAAAUUCCCUAAAACCUCCUGAAGUUUUUCAGGGUGAGCUGCAUGUGUGAACGCAAAACGGCUACAUUUUCACUGCCACUUUACCCAGAAUUU